CAAGAUGGCCGGCGGCGGAGGCCGGGCCCCGGCGUGAGCUGAGCUCCGGCGGCAGCCCUGGCCAUGCACCAGCCCGGUGGCCUCUGAGCCCGACCUGACGGUGCCGGUCCUCCGGCGACCCCGGAGACAUGUCUCUACUUUGCGUUGGAGUCAAAAAAGCCAAGUUUGAUGGUGCCCAAGAGAAAUUCAACACAUAUGUGACCCUGAAGGUGCAGAAUGUCAAGAGCACGACCAUCGCUGUGCGGGGCAGCCAGCCCAGCUGGGAACAGGAUUUCAUGUUCGAGAUUAACCGCCUAGAUUUAGGGCUGACAGUGGAGGUGUGGAACAAGGGUCUCAUCUGGGACACGAUGGUGGGCACCGUGUGGAUCCCCCUGAGGACCAUCCGCCAGUCUAAUGAAGAGGGCCCUGGAGAAUGGCUGACUCUGGACUCCCAGGUCAUCAUGGCGGACAGUGAAAUCUGUGGCACCAAGGACCCCACCUUCCACCGCAUCCUCCUUGACACCCGCUUUGAGCUGCCCUUAGACAUUCCUGAGGAGGAGGCCCGUUACUGGGCCAAGAAGCUGGAGCAGCUGAACGCCAUGCGGGACCAGGAUGAGUAUUCGUUCCAAGGUGAACAAGACAAGCCUCUCCCUGUCCCCAGCAACCAGUGUUGCAACUGGAAUUAUUUUGGCUGGGGUGAGCAGCAGAAUGAUGACCCUGACAGUGCAGUGGAUGAUCGUGACAGUGACUAUCGCAGCGAGACAAGCAACAGCAUCCCCCCACCCUAUUACACUACAUCCCAGCCCAAUGCUUCAGUCCAUCAGUAUUCUGUUCGUCCACCACCCUUGGGUUCCCGGGAAUCCUACAGUGACUCCAUGCACAGUUAUGAGGAGUUCUCCGAGCCACAGGCCCUCAGCCCCACAGGCAGCAGCCGCUAUGCCUCCUCAGGGGAGCUGAGCCAGGGCAGCUCACAGCUGAGCGAGGACUUUGACCCAGAUGAGCAGAGCCUGCAGGGCUCCGAGUUGGAGGACGAGCGGGACCGGGACUCCUACCACUCCUGCCACAGCUCAGUCAGCUACCACAAGGACUCGCCACACUGGGACCAGGAUGAGGAUGAUUUGGACGAGGAGCUAGAUGAGGACCUGGAUGAGGACCUGGAUGAGGACCUGGAGGACUUCCUGGAGGAGGAGGAGGAGCUGCCUGAGGACGAAGAAGAGCUGGAAGAGGAAGAGGAGGUGCCUGAUGACAUCCGUGCCUAUGCUGAGCACCAGGAGGCGGCCGUGGCUGAGCCCAAGGACUUCAAGCGUGUCAGUCUUUUGCCAGCUGCCCCAGAGAAGGAGGACAAGGCCCCGGCCUUGCCCACUGAGGCCCCCGCUGUGGCCAAAGUGGCCCCUGAGCCAGCUGUGCCUGAGGAGGUGCCUACAGCUGAGCCCCCCAAAGCUGAGGAGAGUUUCAGGCCACAAGAAGAUGAGGAAGGCCAGGAGGGUCAGGACUCCAUGUCGAGGGCAAAGGCCAACUGGCUGCGAGCCUUCAACAAAGUGCGGCUGCAGCUGCAGGAGGCCCGGGGAGAAGGAGAGAUGUCCAAAUCCCUGUGGUUCAAAGGCGGCCCAGGGGGUGGUCUCAUCAUCAUUGACAGCAUGCCUGACAUUCGUAAGAGGAAGCCCAUCCCACUUGUGAGUGACCUGGCCAUGUCCCUGGUCCAGUCCAGAAAAGCAGGCAUCACAUCCGCCUUGGCCUCCAGCACUUUGAACAACGAGGAGCUGAAAAACCACGUUUACAAGAAGACCCUGCAAGCCUUAAUUUACCCCAUUUCGUGCACGACACCGCACAACUUCGAGGUGUGGACGGCCACCACGCCCACCUACUGCUAUGAGUGCGAGGGGCUGCUGUGGGGCAUCGCGCGGCAGGGCAUGCGCUGCACCGAGUGCGGUGUCAAGUGCCACGAGAAGUGCCAGGACCUGCUCAACGCCGACUGCCUGCAGCGGGCAGCGGAGAAGAGCUCCAAGCACGGGGCUGAGGACCGGACGCAGAACAUCAUCAUGGUGCUCAAGGACCGCAUGAAGAUCCGGGAGCGUAACAAGCCCGAGAUCUUCGAACUCAUCCAGGAGGUCUUUGCUGUGACCAAGGCCGCACACACACAGCAGAUGAAAGCAGUCAAGCAGAGCGUGCUGGAUGGCACGUCCAAAUGGUCAGCCAAGAUCAGCAUCACUGUGGUCUGUGCCCAGGGCUUGCAGGCAAAGGACAAGACGGGAUCCAGUGACCCCUAUGUCACUGUGCAGGUUGGGAAGACCAAGAAACGGACGAAAACCAUCUAUGGGAACCUGAACCCCGUGUGGGAGGAGAACUUUCAUUUUGAAUGUCACAACUCCUCAGAUCGAAUCAAGGUCCGUGUCUGGGACGAAGAUGAUGAUAUUAAAUCCCGAGUGAAGCAACGGUUCAAGAGGGAGUCUGAUGACUUCCUGGGACAGACGAUCAUCGAGGUGCGGACGCUCAGUGGCGAGAUGGACGUGUGGUACAACCUGGACAAGCGGACUGACAAAUCUGCUGUGUCAGGUGCCAUUCGGCUACACAUCAGUGUGGAAAUCAAGGGCGAGGAGAAGGUGGCCCCCUACCAUGUCCAGUACACCUGUCUGCAUGAGAACUUGUUUCACUUUGUGACUGACAUGCAGAACAAUGGGGUUGUGAAGAUCCCGGAUGCCAAGGGUGAUGAUGCCUGGAAAGUUUACUAUGAUGAGACAGCCCAGGAGAUUGUGGAUGAAUUUGCCAUGCGCUAUGGCGUCGAGUCCAUCUACCAAGCCAUGACCCACUUUGCCUGCCUCUCCUCCAAGUACAUGUGUCCUGGGGUACCUGCCGUUAUGAGCACCCUGCUUGCCAACAUCAAUGCCUAUUAUGCUCAUACCACCGCCUCUACCAACGUGUCUGCCUCCGACCGCUUCGCAGCCUCCAAUUUUGGGAAAGAACGCUUUGUGAAGCUCCUGGACCAACUGCAUAACUCCCUGCGGAUAGACCUCUCCAUGUAUCGGAAUAACUUCCCAGCCAGCAGCCCAGAAAGACUCCAGGACCUCAAAUCCACUGUGGACCUUCUUACCAGCAUCACCUUCUUUCGCAUGAAGGUGCAAGAACUCCAGAGCCCGCCCCGAGCCAGCCAGGUGGUGAAGGAUUGUGUGAAAGCCUGCCUCAACUCUACUUAUGAGUACAUCUUCAACAACUGUCAUGAACUCUACAGUCGGGAGUACCAGACAGACCCUGCCAAGAAGGGGGAAGUUCCCCCAGAGGAACAGGGACCCAGCAUCAAGAACCUCGACUUCUGGUCCAAGCUGAUCACUCUCAUAGUGUCCAUCAUUGAGGAAGACAAGAAUUCCUACACUCCCUGCCUCAACCAGUUUCCCCAGGAGCUGAAUGUGGGUAAAAUCAGUGCUGAAGUGAUGUGGAACCUGUUUGCCCAGGAUAUGAAGUAUGCCAUGGAGGAGCAUGACAAGCAUCGCUUGUGCAAGAGUGCCGACUACAUGAACCUCCACUUCAAGGUCAAGUGGCUCUACAAUGAGUAUGUGGCAGAGCUUCCUGCUUUCAAGGACCGAGUGCCGGAGUACCCUGCGUGGUUUGAGCCUUUCGUCAUCCAGUGGCUGGACGAGAAUGAGGAGGUGUCCCGAGAUUUCUUGCACGGGGCCCUGGAGCGAGACAAGAAGGAUGGGUUCCAGCAGACCUCAGAGCAUGCCCUGUUCUCUUGCUCCGUGGUGGACGUCUUCUCCCAGCUUAACCAGAGCUUUGAGAUUAUCAAGAAGCUUGAGUGCCCUGACCCCCAGAUUGUGGGGCACUACAUGAGGCGGUUUGCCAAGACCAUCAGUAAUGUGCUCCUUCAGUACGCGGACAUCAUCAUCAAGGACUUCGCCUCCUACUGCUCCAAGGAGAAGGAGAAAGUGCCCUGUAUUCUUAUGAACAACACUCAGCAGCUGCGAGUUCAGCUAGAGAAGAUGUUUGAAGCCAUGGGAGGCAAGGAGCUGGAUGCUGAGGCCAGUGACAUCUUAAAAGAGCUUCAGGUGAAACUUAACAACGUCUUGGAUGAACUCAGCCGGGUAUUUGCUACCAGCUUCCAGCCUCACAUUGAGGAGUGUGUCAAACAGAUGGGCGACAUACUUAGCCAGGUGAAGGGCACCGGCAAUGUGCCAGCCAGUGCCUGCAGCAGCGUGGCCCAGGAUGCUGACAAUGUGCUACAGCCCAUCAUGGACCUGCUAGACAGCAACCUGACUCUCUUUGCCAAAAUCUGCGAGAAGACAGUGCUGAAAAGGGUACUGAAGGAGCUGUGGAAGCUGGUCAUGAACACCAUGGAGAAGACCAUCGUCCUGCCACCCCUCACCGACCAGACGAUGAUCGGCACCCUCUUGAGAAAACAUGGCAAGGGAUUAGAAAAGGGCAGGGCGAAACUGCCAAGCCACUCAGAUGGAACUCAGAUGAUCUUCAAUGCAGCCAAGGAGCUGGGUCAGCUGUCUAAACUCAAGGACCACAUGGUACGAGAGGAAGCCAAGAGCUUGACCCCAAAGCAGUGUGCAGUCGUUGAGCUGGCCCUGGACACCAUCAAGCAAUACUUCCACGCGGGCGGUGUGGGCCUCAAGAAGACCUUCUUGGAGAAGAGCCCAGACCUUCAGUCCCUGCGCUACGCCCUGUCCCUCUACACGCAGGCCACGGACCUGCUCAUUAAGACCUUCGUGCAGACACAGGCGGCCCAGGUCCAUGGUGGAAAAGGGACUAGGUUUACCCUUAGUGAAGACAUUUAUCCUGAGAAGGGCUCUGGUGUGGAAGACCCUGUAGGGGAAGUCUCCCUCCACGUUGAGCUCUUCACUCAUCCGGGAACUGGUGAACACAAGGUCACAGUGAAAGUGGUGGCUGCCAAUGACCUCAAGUGGCAGACUUCUGGCAUUUUCCGUCCAUUCAUUGAGGUCAACAUCAUUGGGCCCCAUCUCAGUGACAAGAAACGCAAGUUUGCUACCAAAUCCAAGAACAACAGCUGGGCUCCCAAGUACAAUGAGAGCUUCCAGUUCACGCUGAGUGCGGAAGCGGGCCCCGAGUGCUACGAGCUGCAGGUGUGCGUCAAAGACUACUGCUUUGCUCGUGAGGAUCGCACAGUGGGGCUGGCCGUGCUGCAGUUACGUGAGCUGGUCCAGCGCGGGAGCGCCGCUUGCUGGUUGCCCCUCGGCCGCCGCAUCCACAUGGACGACACGGGCCUCACGGUGCUGCGUAUCCUGUCGCAGCGCAGCAAUGACGAGGUAGCCAAGGAGUUCGUCAAGCUCAAAUCGGACACGCGCUCAGCGGAGGAAGGCGGUGCUGCGCCUGCGCCCUAGCGCUGGGGCGCGGGUGGGCAGCACUGCGCCUGUGCAGGGAAGGCGGGGCGGGACCUUUCUGAGUGCAAGUCUUGGGGUUCUGCGCAGAGGGCGGUCUGCGCCUGCGCCCUUGACUUAACUUCCUGCUCUGGGGAAUUGUGAAUGGGAGAUGCCCCGCCCCCUCGGAAGGCCACGCCCUAGGGCGCGGGGAAGGAAAAAGCCACAUCGCCUCCCGGAAGCAACGGCCGCAGCGCCUACGCGGCCUUUCGAGCUGGGUUGGGAGAGUCCCACCCCUUAUGGAGGAGGCCAGGUCCCUCGGCUCUGGUCCCCUGCCUCCUGUCCCAUGGAAAAGCCAUAAGACGGGUCCCCAAGCCCUGGGGCCCAAGACCAAUUGCCAAGUAUGGAACUCUAAGCUCCCUCGAGGGGCGGGCCCUGGGCUGGGUGUGGGUGGUCUGGGGUGGUCUUAGGGGCUGGAGGGACUAGGAUGGUAGCUGGAGGGCCUCGGAAUACCCGAGUCUCUUUUUAUGUUAGUGCAAAAAAUAAACGGGAAGAGGGCCUAAGAUGGGAUUAUAAAAGCACAUGCGCCCUAGGGCGCCCAAACCCUGGGGGCCCAGGGAACGGCUCUGGGGCUCCCGCAUUAACCUAUGGGGUUUUUGUUUUUGUUUUUUCGCCUCAAUCCCACCUGACAAUGCCUAAUCCUCAUAUCAUAGAGUUCAACCCACCCAGUUGACAGAUGGCAAAACUGAGGCCCCUAGAUUUGCUGUGGAUCCCAGUGCCAUGCCUUGUCCCCACUCCCUUUGGCCUGUGUACCACAUCCAAGGGUGGGCUGAGACUGGGUGACGGGACAGUGCUCCCAAUUGCUGCUAACCCCCUACAGGGGCUUGCCGUGACCAUACAAGAGAUGAGGGCCUUGGGCCAACUCUUGACCUCCCACCAACAAUAAGUGAGGAUUUGGGAUUCCUUGGACCCACCCCCACCCCACUUCUACUUCCUCUCCCAGAAUUCACCAGACAGGAAAGAACAGAAAGAGACCAGAAACUCCAGAGGGGGAAGAUGGGUUCCCCAACACCACCCCAGGCAUGUGCUUUGGAAAUUUCCUCCCUCUUUUCCAUGGGAACUCUUUCUCAUCCCUCAAAACUCACCACAAGUAUCUCCUCCUGUAGAAAAUUGUCACUGCUCCCCUCAGGACUUCCCCACUCUCUGUUCCAGAAGCCAUGGGACUGGAGGCAUCUGUGACAGCCUCUGUUUUCCUCCGACUUCUGAGGCCUCUCAAGGCCCACACAGGCUGAGCACAGAGAAGACACAGGGUAUGGCUAGGUGAAUUAUGUCGUGGGGGACAUCUCUGUGAGCACACCUCCACAUGUGUAUCUGUCCAUGACCAUCCCUGUCAGCCUUCCCUUCCCACACAGAUCUGGGCACAAAGGAGGUAUUCUAGCCACACUGUGGCAGAGUUACAAGAUAGAGAGGAGAGAGGACAUGGAAGAGACAGGAGAGGAAUCCAAGGAGCUGGAAGGAUUUGAAAUCAGGAAGUUUCUGUAUUGGAACAGCAAGGCUCAAAGAGAAGCAGCACUUUCCCUAAGCCUGCCCGGCAAGUGUAUGCCAUGCCUGACCUGGGAUGACACUGCUAGGCUUUCACCUCACCUGGGGUGGCCAGGGUUCUGAACCCUGGUGGCCUGGUGGGGUCUCAGGGUUGCAGUGGGCCUCGAUUCCUGUGAGGAGCUGGCCCCAGUUUACCAUGAGUCAGGGAAAGGAUGAAGUAGAGUGGGCCCCUGAUGAGGUGGAGGAGUGUGACAUUGAGGAACAUCUUCGACAGAGCCAGUCCCCUUCCCAGGAGGGCCAGAGACAGAGUAAGCACACCAACAAAAAGAGAAGGAGGGAUAGAAAAGAUACGAAAUCGGGAGAGUACGAUCACACCCCAGUGGGAACAGAGACCAUGAGAUGGAGAGAGAGACUCAGAGAUGGAGAGGGACAGGAGAAAUGGCAAAAUUGGGGAACUAGAAGGAAGAGAGACCCACUCUUCUGGCUGUCCCUAGUCUCACCUAGAAGGGUUUACUCAAAAUGUGGAGGUUCCUGGCCAUGUCCCCAAUCCCUCUGACCCAGACACCAGAGCCUGAAACCUCACCACACCCCCAUCAGAGAUGCAAAAAAUACUUAACACCCAACUAGAAAUCCUUGGAACCUCAGAGACCUUACUGUCCCUGACCCCCACCCCUUGCGCUGUCCAUCUUACAGAUGGGGACACUGAGGGAGGGGCAGAGUAGGGACAUCCUGGAGUCACCCCAGACUCUGCUGUCCGGGUGCAGAGGAAGGGGAGCUCUCUGGGGAUUUGGUUUGUAUCACCACCCCAUCUGUCCCCUGAACAUCCUCUCCUAUGAACUGUUAAGGACCAAAGUCGUCUUUGCUGACAUGUGUUGCUUUUCUCUUUGCCUUUUUUUUUUUUUUUUUAAGAAAGAAACCAAGUUGAUGGUGUUGAGUAAGACCCAUUCCCACCCCCUCACCACUACCCAGCCAUAGUGGCUCUUUUGAGGCACAGGGCUCGGGUGGCAGGUUCCCAGGCAUCCCCAGCCGCACCUCAGGGUGGGGGUGGGCUCAGACCCCACCCCUGGCCCUGCCCCUCUGACCUUGAACCCUGCCACCCAGUCCAGGAGGUUCUUCCUCUACAUACCUUUCUCUUAGCAUGUGACUGCAAAUGUGAAGUCAAAACACUGUUUUAAUUCCAUCCCGUUGGUCCAGCAUCUGCACAGGUGCCCCCAUUUCUCUGUAAAUAUGUGACUUGGAACAAAUGUUUAAAACCACGAAAAGUGAUCAUGAAUGCAUGAUGUUGAGAUGUUUUGCACUAUUCUGACUUUUUGGUCUCUGUAAAAAUAUUUUAUUAACAGCAAACAUUAAAAAAAAAAAA